AUGCUUGACGAUAAGCUUUUCCUCCCCCCGAUCGGCGAUAAUACGCAGAAAAUCCUAGAUGUUGGCACGGGCACAGGAAUAUGGGCAAUCAACAUUGCGGAUGAGUUCCCCUCUGCCCAAGUGAUAGCUACAGACAUCACACCAAGCCAGCCCAGCUUUGUUCCCCCAAACGUCGAAUUCCAGAUCGACGAUGCAACGAUGGACUGGACUUUCGAGCCCGAGUCAUUUGACUUUAUCCACAUUCGCUGGUUGCAGGGUACUAUUGACGACUGGGACAAGUUUUACAGCCAAGUGUACAAGUCUCUCAAGCCAGGUGGUUGGUUUCAGCACAUGGAGCCUGAUCUGCAGAUUAUCUACACUCGCUGGGCAAACGUUUUCAAAAAGGUCGGCGAAAAAACGAACCGUACCUUGGACUUUUCCAAUCAGAAGCUGGAAAAGCUCGCCAAAGCAGCCAAUUUCACAAAUGUAACGUACCAAUCACACAAGAUUCCGGUCGGCCGAUGGCCCAAGGAUAAGAAGAAGAAAGAGCUUGGGACUUUCGUGGGGUUGGCGUUCAGUCAAGCGCUAGAUGGGUUUAUCAAGUUGCCACUCUGUGGGAUUCUUCAGUGGAGUCCAGAAGAGAUGCAGAUGUUUGCGGUUGAGAUGAGGCAGUCGAUCAUGGAUCUCAAGACUCAGACUCUUGGAUAUGUAUUCAGUGUGUAUGGACAGAAGCCGGAGGCUUGA